AUGAUAAGACAGAAUAAACACGAUGCUCAUGCAUUUUAUACGCGAUAAUUGAACAAUGAGAAUAUUCGUAGUGCUUCUCUUGUUGGGUGUUUGUGAAUGUCGAAGGUUUACAAGGUGUAGGCUCGCUACUGAGUUGAUGAAAACGUUACUUAUCGAUAAAACAUUCCUUGGUAACUGGGUUUGUCUGAUUGAGAAGGUCAGUAACCGAGAUACUAAAGCCUUUGUCGUUACACCGAGCGGCAAGAAAUUAUAUGGAUUAUAUCAGAUUCCCAGUCGGUGGUGUCGUGAAGGGAAGAAAGGUGGCGAGUGUAAUGUUGCUUGCGAAUCUUUGUUAGACGAUGACAUUAGGGAUGACACAGCAUGCGCAGUGAACAUCUUCCAUCGCGAAGGCUUCAAGUACUGGACCCAGUGGUCAGCUCGAUGCAAGAAUGAUAACUUUAUAACAAAGGAAAUAUAUAAGUGUCCAGAUCUAAUAUCCCCACGGACAAGUCCCGAGCGAAUGUUGCACAGCGACUCAUUGAAAAUCAGGAGGCGGUACGCUAGAAGUGCUUUACAAUCUAGAUAUAGCUAUUUUGGAUUACAAUGGUUACAGUAAUA